CAAACCAGCCCUUCAAAGUUCAUAAUCACUCACUCUUCGUGAAGCAGAAGAAGGUUAAUCAACCCAUGUGGCAAAAGGUGGUUGGUGGGUAGAUAACAGCCUCAAAUGGCACAUCUCUGGCUUACAGAGAUAAGAGCAGAGGAGAGGUGGUAGUGGUGGUGAGGAGACUCGAGAGACUCUCACAAGGAUAAUAAAGAGAAGAUAAGUGAGUGAAAAAGGUAUCAAAAGAGUGAAGAAGAAGAAGAAGAAGAAGGAGGAGGAGGAGAAGAAAAUGGCUUCUGCAUCGAUGAUCAAGUCGUCUCCAGUGCUGGACAAAUCCGAGUGGGUGAAGGGUCAGAGCCUUCGCCAACCGUCGGCUUCGGUGGUCCGAUGCCACCCCAUCUCCCCUUCUUCUCUCACUAUCCGUGCUGGUUCAUACGCCGACGAGCUUAUCAAGACUGCUAAAACGGUUGCUUCUCCAGGGCGUGGAAUCUUGGCCAUGGACGAGUCGAACGCAACCUGUGGGAAGCGAUUGGCGUCGAUUGGGCUGGAGAACACAGAGGCCAACCGUCAAGCCUACAGGACACUAUUAGUGUCAGCUCCAGGACUGGGUAACUACAUCUCCGGAGCCAUCCUUUUCGAGGAGACUCUGUACCAAUCCACAGUUGAUGGCAAGAAGAUAGUGGACGUGCUUGUUGAGCAGAACAUUGUUCCUGGUAUUAAGGUCGACAAGGGUCUCGUUCCCUUGGCCGGUUCCAACGAUGAGUCAUGGUGCCAAGGUCUUGAUGGCCUUGCCUCCCGCACUGCUGCUUACUAUGAGCAGGGCGCUCGUUUCGCGAAAUGGCGUACUGUUGUGAGCAUUCCUAACGGCCCAUCUGCUCUAGCAGUGAAGGAAGCAGCUUGGGGUCUUGCUCGCUAUGCUGCCAUUUCUCAAGACAAUGGGUUGGUCCCGAUUGUAGAGCCGGAGAUCUUGCUGGAUGGUGAGCAUGGGAUCGACAGAACCUUCGAGGUCGCCCAGAAAGUGUGGGCCGAAGUCUUCUUCUACCUUGCAGAGAACAACGUCAUGUUUGAAGGAAUCCUGCUCAAACCCAGUAUGGUCACUCCUGGGGCUGAGUGCAAGGAGAGGGCCACACCAAAGCAGGUCUCCGAGUACACCCUCAAGCUCCUCCGCCGAAGAAUCCCCCCAUCUGUCCCAGGAAUCAUGUUUUUGUCUGGUGGGCAAUCCGAAGUUGAAGCAACCCUGAACCUGAACGCUAUGAACCAGGCUCCUAACCAAUGGCAUGUGUCUUUCUCGUACGCCAGAGCUCUCCAGAACACUUGCCUCAAGACAUGGGGAGGAAGACCGGAGAACGUGAAGGCAGCCCAGGAUGUUCUCCUCCUCCGGGCCAAGGCCAACUCUCUUGCUCAACUCGGCAAAUACACCGGCGAGGGAGAGUCUGAGGAGUCCAAGAAAGGAAUGUUUGUGAAGGGCUACGUUUACUAAGAUCCUUACUAAGCUUUUACAAGCUUGUUAGCAAUGAAGAAGGCUCUCUCUUUCUCCUGCAUCCCUCACUCACUGUGUGGCUGGCUUUUUUUUUAUUUUUUUUUAUUUUUAUUACAUGUAAUUUUAUUUAGGGACGAUAAAUUUAUUGCGAAUGAGAUUACUUAGUGCGCACUUGUGUUGUGUGCAUGGUUUAA